AUGGAGCCGUGUUCGAUCCUCGAGCUGAGCUCGACAGUGCUCAAAGUCGGAGCCCUAUUGUACAGCUUCCUCAAGGCUGUGCACGACGCGCCCGCCGACGUACAGAAAUAUCUCGAGGUCCUGAGCAGUACCCGGACAGUAUUCGCCGAUGUCGAGGAGUACGCAGCGCUCCACGAGCGGUCGUCAUUCAGGAACGUCGACAAGAUGCAACUUGAUGCCAUCUCGGCAGUGCUGCAGGAGUGCGAGUUGACACUGGCGCUGCAACUUUCGACUGUGGAACAGUACGACACUAGCGACGCUACGUCGAGGUUCAAGCGGCUUCGAAAGAACGUCGAGUUCGUCUUUGGCAAGGCGGCACUGAAACACUACACGGUCAGAUUGCAGGCGUCUGGGAAUCUCCUUGGCCAGGCGAUGGUAUCAUCGGUCGGUAAGAACACUGUGAUAAUCCGUGACGAGGUUGGAUCCAUGAGGUCGGAGAUGAGAGACGCAUUCUCCGCCGUCGCGGAGGAGCAGCAACAGCGGCAGCAGUGUCUCCAGGAGACGACCCGGUAUACCAAAACGCUCCAGGGCGGUAUCUCACAACUGAUGGAUUUCGCUCAAACGAAUGGAAUACAGAGCGGAACUCGGCUGGAGUCCAUGGCGAAUGUCAUGGCUGCAGAUCUAUCGUCCUCAUUACAAGACGAUGUCUUGCCAGCCGCGCUUGAUUCGAGCGACGCAGUCGAUGCUCAAGGACCUCCAUCGUCGGGAACGCGGACCAACCAGGGACCCCAGAAUCUGGCUGAUUGUCUACACUCUGAUAUUCCCACCUCGAAAGAAGCGUCUGAAGAGUAUACCACCCCAUUUCCUGCAAGGCCAGACGCUUGGCAGCAAGCCGUCACUUCCUUCCGGCAGAGUCUGUCGUCGAAAGACCUAAAGUUCCUGGGUGAAGUCACGAGUCCGAGCGAACUGGUACAGCGCUUGCACCAAAAGAGCACCGCAGUGGGUUUGGAGCCAAGCAAGCUGAAAUCGAUCAUGUCCAAGAUAUCAGCUGGAUCGGAUCAUUUCGGAAACCCGCUUGAAAUCGCAUCUCUGUUAUUGCCCAGCAUCACGCUUCUUGCAGAAACUGGCAAGGCAGUAUACGGAGACAUCGCCGCCGGACUUGAAGAGAUGGCCGACGCAAUGCACUUGUGCCAGCGGGAGCUGCAGCUGCACCAGGACGAGAGGAUGACCGAGCUGGUGGGACAAGCUUACGUGCAACUCUUCGAGCAUGCGAAGCUAUGCACCAGAACCGUGAGCCGAAAGAACAACACGAUCGUAGUCACGGCGGUCAUAAGGGACUACCGCGCCGGGCUCGACGCUAGCAUGGCCCGGCUGCGCCGCAUCUGCGAGAAGAUCACGCGGGAGGUCGACUACCGGCACCGCGUGGAGAUGCGCGAGGCCGGUCGCAGGAUCGCCGAGAUGCACGUCGAGCAGCACAGGAUGGUGCGGAUGCUCCAGGACCAGAGGGCCAUCCUGGAGUUGAUGCAGCAGGAGAGGAAGCUGAUGGAUCUGAUACGGGAGCAGCAGAAGAUACUGCAGAUCGUGCAGCGGAUACAGUAUGGGAUGCAGAUGGAAAGGGGGACUCAGUCAACCAUGGAUGAGUCGCCAUCUUCUCAGAUAAGCACUGCUAGCUAG